AAGGUGUGUGGUCCUGUGGGCCUGUGCUCUGUUCCCCCUCGUGCAAGGGCAUAGCCUGUUUACCUGUGAGCCCAUCAUUGUGCCCCGAUGCAUGAAGAUGACCUACAACAUGACCUUUUUCCCCAACCUCAUGGGCCAUUAUGACCAGAAUACGGCGGCGGUGGAAAUGAAGCAUUUUCUUCCUCUUGCAAAUCUGGAAUGUUCACCAAACGUCGAAACUUUCCUCUGCAAAGCUUUUGUACCAACCUGCACUGAACAAAUUCAAGUGGCUCCACUCUGUCGUAAAUUUUGCGAGAAAGUAUAUUCUGAUUGCAAAAAACUAAUCGACACUUUCGGGAUCCGAUGGCCUAAGGAACUUCAGUGUGAUCAAUUGCAGUACUGCGACGAGACUGCUCCCAUAACUUCGGAUCCGCACAACCUGUUUCCUGGUCCUCAGAAGAAGACAGACCAUGUCCCAAGAGACAUUGGCAUUUGGUGUCCCAGACAUCUUAAAACGUCUGGAGAGCAUGGCUACAAAUUUCUGGGGGUCGACCAGUGUGCACCUCCGUGCCCCAAUAUGUAUUUCACAAGCGACGAGCUCGAGUUUGCAAAAAGUUUUAUCGGGAUCGUUUCCAUAUUUUGCCUCUGUGCAACACUCUUCACGGUCCUCACAUUUCUCAUCAACGUUCAAAGAUUCCGCUACCCAGAGAGGCCAAUUAUUUAUUACUCGGUCUGCUACAGCAUCGUGUCCCUCAUGUACUUUAUCGGAUUCCUGCUUGGCAACAGCACAGCCUGUAAUAAUAAGACCGAUGACAAGCUGGAAACCGGGGACACAGUUGUUCUGGGCUCCCAGAAUAAGGCCUGCACCAUUCUGUUCAUGUUCCUGUAUUUCUUCACCAUGGCCGGCACUGUCUGGUGGGUGAUUCUGACCAUCACUUGGUUUUUAGCUGCAGGAAGAAAGUGGAGUUGUGAAGCCAUUGAGCAGAAAGCCGUGUGGUUCCAUGCCGUGGCCUGGGGUGCACCAGGCUUCCUCACCAUCCUGCUGCUGGCCAUGAACAAAGUGGAAGGUGACAACAUCAGUGGAGUGUGCUUUGUCGGCCUCUACGACCUGGAUGCGUCCCGGUACUUCGUUCUCCUGCCACUUUGCCUGUGUGUGUUUGUGGGGCUCUCUCUGCUGCUGGCUGGCAUCGUCUCCUUGAACCAUGUCCGGCAAGUGAUACAGAACGAUGGCCGGAACCAAGAGAAGCUGAAGAAAUUCAUGAUCCGCAUUGGUGUCUUCAGCGGCCUGUACCUCGUGCCCUUGGUGACACUUCUGGGAUGUUACGUCUAUGAGCAGAUGAACCGGGUCACCUGGGAGCUCACGUGGGUGUCAGACCAUUGUCGCCAGUACCACAUCCCGUGUCCUCAUCAGAAAAAAACAGAAAGCCGACCGGAUUUGGCAUUAUUCAUGAUAAAGUAUUUGAUGACAUUGAUCGUUGGCAUCUCUGCUAUCUUCUGGGUCGGAAGCAAAAAGACUUGCACGGAGUGGGCUGGCUUUUUUAAGCAAAAUCGCAAAAGAGACCCGAUCAGUGAAAGUCGCAGAGUCCUACAGGAGUCGUGUGAGUUUUUCUUGAAGCACAAUUCUAAAGUCAAACCCCAGAAGAAGCACGGCAAGCCAAGCUCGCACAAGCUAAAGGUGAUUUCCAAGUCCAUGGGAACCAGCACUGGGGCCACAGCCAGUCACAGCACUUCUGCCAUGGCCAUCACCAACCACGAUUACCUGGGACAGGAAACCACCACCGAAAUCCAAACCUCGCCAGAAACAUCAGUGAGAGACAUGAGGCCUGAUGGCGUGGCCACCCCAAGAUUAAGGGACCAGAAUGGCAGCGGGGAGCCUGCCUCUCCCGGCGCCUCCAGCUCCAGACUGUGUGCGGAGCAGGUGGACAAGACAGGCCGGGUCAGCACUGCUGGGAACGACAAGAUCAGCGUGUCUGGGAGUACCCGGAGUGAAGGGAGGACAACCCCCAGAAGUGAAGUGAUUGAAACAGGUCCAGCACUGGGCAACAACUUACAGGUACCCAGUUCUUCUAAGCCAAGUAGUCUCAAAGGCUCAGCAUCGCUGCUCCCACAGUUGGUUCCAGAAGCUCGAGAAGAGCAAGGUGUAGGCACCUGAAUUGAAGCCCUAUUUCUCCCAGCAGUCCACUUACACUGGAGGUGACCAGCAACUGUCAUGUGCUCCUUUUGCACUUCAAGCCAUGUUGCCUACUGUUACACUGGAGGCCAGAUUUCAGGGCUCACUCGCUGCAUUCCUGAGCUGCUAGUGACAGUGAUGCAUCUAGAAAAUGUCUCAGCCCAUCUUUUUUUUUUUCCAGUCACGUGGGAGUAAGAAGUAAGGGACUCACUUGUUUCUGUUUCAAAUUAUUCUACUCUGGUUAAAAAUAUUUUAAGAUACAAUAGAUUUGUCCACUUUCAUGGUAUAAAAUCAAGUUUUUCAUGGCAGAAAUAUUUAAAAUUUUCUCUUUUUUUUUUUUAUAAAUUUUUGCAAAGAAGUUUAUAUGGUUUAGAAAUUUUUUAGAAGAUCUGGGA